AUGCUCAGCAGGCGUUCAGCCUCGCUGUCUCGGCUGUCUGCCCAGAUCGUCUCGUUAGAGCUCUCGCAAGAUGCUCUCAACGUCAAGCACGGCUCGGCUACACAGCUGCAGGCCAGUGUCAAGAUGGCAAGAGCGGCAGAGAGCGUUCUCGGGGACCAGCUGAGAAGUGGGAUAGUGAUAUCUCAGCCCGAGUCUGAUGCAACGGGGCUGAGGAGUGAAGUUCACUUGGGGUCGAGGGGGAACAUCCCAGAUGCACGAGCAGUGCAGGCAGCGACAAAGGCCCUGAACAUGGCUCGGCAGUGCGGAGACGGGGACAUUCUGCUAGUCCUGAUAUCAGGAGGAGGGUCUGCGCUUCUUCCUGUACCCGUCGGCUCCAUCUCCUUGGAGGAUAAGGUUUCCACGACCAAGGCCCUCGCUACAGCUGGAGCAUCUAUCAAUGAGCUCAACACUGUAGGACGAGGAUGUGUCGCUUUUGCUGUCCGCAAGCACAUCUCCGCCGUCAAGGGAGGGAAGCUGGCCGCAGCGGCAUACCCUGCCAACGUUGUUUCCUUGAUCCUCUCCGACGUGUUGGACGACCCUAUCGAUGUCAUCGCGUCAGGCCCCACCACGUUCGACCCUUCGACGUUUGCGGAUGCCCUCAACCUGAUUGAAUCGCGGGGACUGGCUGCUUUGGUUCCUCAGUCUGUCAUUGAGUAUCUCCGUGCUGGAGCAGCGAGUGGAGCAGACGAAACGCUGAAAGAGGGCGACGCCAGGCUCUCUCGCAGUAAGAACUUUGUGAUAGGAAACAACAGGAUGGCAGCUGAGGCAGCGCUGGUCGAAUCGAAACGCUCUGUCUACGAGGAGACACGGCACAUGCAGCUCACAGAAUCGCGGAGACAGCGAGGCAGAUGUUCGCACAUGGCGCUCAUGGUGGCGGCGGAGCUUCAAGGCACAGACGGACAGGACGGCCCGACAGACGCAGCUGGUGCUUUCUGCGACGGUUCCACGAUCCAGCGGUCCCAGGCCCUCGGUCUAUCGUACAAGGAGGCACUGGAAACGUUCGACUCCUACACUUUCUUCGAGCAGGUCGGUAGUGAAAUCUCCUGCUGCAUUUCACUCACCGUCUUGCUUCUUCUUGCUCGCGCUGGAGGAGCCCUCGGAGAGCCAACGGGAAUGCAACUUAGCAGGAGGUACAAUCGCUUGUCCAGCAGGCGCUUCCAACUUGAGUUCUCAGGAUACUGCCCUCGAAAACCUUUAGCACAAGUAGCGCGUCAUACUAGAAUCUCAGCGCACCCAUCCUUCUGA